UGCCGCCGAGCAUGUCGGGAGUUGUAGUUGGGCCGCCCGGGCCCCGCCCCUCGACCGUGCGGUGACGCCACUUCAGGGCCGUCCCCCGCAGCUUUUGGCAGGCGUCCUUGUCCGUGUCACCGCCACGUCGCCGACAUGGUGAUUUCAGAAAGUAUGGAUAUACUCUUCAGAAUAAGAGGAGGCCUUGAUUUAGCUUUUCAGCUAGCUACUCCUAAUGAAAUUUUUCUCAAGAAGGCACUGAAACAUGUGUUGAGUGACCUGUCAACCAAGCUUUCUUCAAACGCCCUUGUGUUCAGAAUUUGCCACAGUUCAGUGUAUAUAUGGCCUAGCAGUGACGUAAACACCAUUCCUGGAGAACUGACUGAUGCUUCCGCUUGUAAGAACAUACUGCGCUUUAUUCAAUUUGAGCCGGAAGAAGAUAUAAAACGAAAAUUCAUGAGAAAGAAGGACAAAAAAUUAUCAGACAUGCAUCAAAUAGUAAAUAUAGAUCUUAUGCUGGAAAUGUCAACCUCCCUGGCAGCUGUAACGCCCAUCAUUGAAAGGGAAAGCGGAGGACACCAUUAUGUUAAUAUGACUUUACCUGUCGAUGCAGUUAUAUCUGUUGCUCCAGAAGAAACAUGGGGAAAAGUUCGUAAACUCCUAGUUGAUGCAAUUCAUAAUCAACUAACUGACAUGGAAAAAUGUAUUUUGAAAUAUAUGAAAGGAACGUCUAUUGUGGUCCCUGAACCACUGCACUUUUUAUUACCAGGGAAAAAAAAUCUUGUAACAAUUUCCUAUCCUUCAGGAAUACCAGAUGGCCAGCUGCAGGCCUAUAGGAAGGAGUUACAUGAUCUCUUCAAACUGCCUCAUGACAGACCCUAUUUCAAAAGGUCUAAUGCUUAUCACUUUCCAGAUGAACCAUACAAAGAUGGUUACAUUAGAAAUCCACAUACUUAUCUUAAUCCACCUAACAUGGAGACUGGUAUGAUUUGUGUGGUCCAGGGCGUAUAUGGCUAUCAUCAUUAUAUGCAGGAUCGGAUCGAUGACAGUGGCUGGGGCUGUGCUUAUCGGUCUCUGCAGACUAUCUGCUCUUGGUUCAAACAUCAGGGAUACACAGAGAGGUCCAUUCCAACACACAGAGAAAUUCAGCAGGCUCUAGUCGAUGCCGGUGACAAACCAGCAACAUUUGUCGGAUCACGGCAAUGGAUUGGAUCUAUUGAGGUACAGCUGGUACUAAACCAAUUGAUUGGUAUAACUUCAAAAAUACUGUUUGUCAGCCAAGGUUCAGAAAUGGCCUCUCAAGGACGGGAACUGGCUAAUCAUUUCCAAAGCGAAGGAACUCCAGUUAUGAUCGGGGGAGGAGUUUUGGCCCACACGAUACUAGGAAUUGCAUGGAAUGAGAUUACAGGGCAGAUAAAGUUUCUGAUUCUAGAUCCACAUUAUACUGGUGCUGAAGACCUACAAGUGAUUUUGGAAAAGGGCUGGUGCGGAUGGAAGGGUCCAGACUUUUGGAACAAGGAUGCAUACUAUAACUUAUGUCUUCCUCAGCGACCAAAUAUGAUUUAAAAUAUCUUGGAGUCAAAGACUGCAGUAGAGUGGUAUUAUAAAUUUGUGAAUAAAGAAUCAGUUUAAUUUCACCUUAAAUCCUGGUUCUAGUUUGACGGUUUAAAUUAUGACCUUUUUCAAAGGUUGUAAAUACAGCACGGAGAAUGUAUUUUUUAGACAUUCCUUUAAUAAAACUUAAAAGACAAAGCAUACACAACCAGCAUGUUAUAGGCAUGUAAAUACAUGUGUUCUUAAAUGGAUCUUCACUUGGAAGAAAGUUUUUCCUCCUUCUCAGAAGGAGUUUAGACACACAUAUGGUAAAGCCAAAAGCAGGAACUUAUAGAUCUGCAUGAAAUGAGGGCGUUCUUCAGACUUCUUCAUGACCCACGUGACAUCUGUUUUUAAAAAAACAUGCUGACAUUAAAAACUUUUUUUAAAAAAAUGAGUUUUAUCCCCAAACUUCCACCAUGCAGGCCCAUUUUUGGUCUCUAGACUCAUAUAACCAAUAUUAAGAUGUUAAUGAGAAUGAAACACCACUACUAGAAAUAAGAGUGUCAGUAUUAAAUGGAAUAAUAAAUGCUAUGCAAAUGA